AUGCCACUAUGGUACAGUUUAGCUGAACAUUUCUUUGUUCUACACAACACUAAACAAGAUAUAAAAACUACACCACUCCUUGUUCUCAAUUUUUGUUUUAUUUAUUUCGUCAACUAUUGGUUAUUUGUUGCACAGACACGAGGUCGCCAUCCCUAUGGCGAUCCAUGGCCCGUAUGGCAAUGGUUUGUCUACUUCUGUUUUCCGUCGGUGAUUAUUCUACUUAGAUUUUUAGGCUUCGUACGUGAUCGAUUACUUUAUAAAUGGCGAUUUCGAUCACAUUGUAUUCAUCCACCACUGGAAUUUCAUCCGAAUCCAUGGAUAGGAUGGCAUGAAGAUUAUUAUCAAGAGCAGGAUAUCGGAAUAAGGACAUUAGAUUGGAAAGCAUUAGGUGUGAUGACUGUUAUUCUUUUGGCUGCAGUUGCCAUUUGGAAUAUUUCGUAUCUAGCAAGUUCUUGA